GUUCUUUUAUAAUAGAUAGUCUUGUAGAAAUGCAAAAUCUUCACCUACAUUUACAAAAAAUACCAGUAUAUGCUGGGGUAAGUCAUCAAACAAUUCAAUCUUCUACUAUAUUAGAGAAGGAAGGUACUAUUGCAGUAGAGAUUGAUCCAAUAAAUAAACCAGAAACCAUAAUACAUGCUUUAAAUAAUGUGUCCAAGUUAUUAUUGUUGGUUGAUCCACUUGGUGGUGAAAUCACUCGUAAUGAUGCAUUUACAUUUGCAAAAGGCUAUAUAAAUGCUGCAAAAGAAGCCAAUGUUGAACAUAUUGUAAGUCAAUUUGAAUCUAUUGAAUCUUUGCUCAAGGAAACUUUUCAACCAUCACAAAUCACAAUAUUAAGAUAUCCUG